AUGGCUGCCAACCGAAUCAUCAGAGUGACCAACAGCAACCACGUCCUCCCUCGCUGCAAGUCUGAGGGAACACUAGUUGACCUCAGUGGAGGGGUCACCGAAGCCAGUCUCACUGAUGUCAAAGUGCCUUCUCCCAGUGCCUUAAGAUUGGACACCUCAGCUUCCUAUGGAACUGCGCAGGAAGUAGUCGCCAUAAAGGAUUACUGCCCCAGCAGUUUCACCACUUUGAAAUUCUCAAAAGGAGACCGCCUCUUUGUGUUAGACACAUCAGGUGGAGAGUGGUGGUAUGCCCACAACAACACAGAAAUGGGCUACAUUCCGUCCGCCUACGUUCAGCCGAUCGGCUUCAGAAACUCUUCGCUCAGUGAUAGCGGAAUGAUCGACAAUCUCGGAGAGGGUAAUGAUGAAGGGUCCAGGGAGUUUGGAGUCCAGGGUGAGUGGACAGGGAUGGCCCUCAAACCCUCACAAUAUACAAUACAACACAACCCCUUCUCCAUGAAUCCAUUUGUCAAUGGUUGCAGCCAGGUGGAUCAGAACUGUAAGGACAAAGGGGCGAGGAACUCAGCAGAUCUCAUUUUCUUUGAUUCACUGGUGACCCCCUCCUCUGGUUCCAGCUUGAACUCUAGUACAAUCAUGAGCAAUGUCAUCAACAGCUACAGUACAUUCAACACAGCAACCCCAACCAGCCCUAAGCAAGGGGGUGUACAGAAUCUGCAGCGGGAUAACCCAUUUUUCAGAAGCAAACGAUCAUACAGUCUUUCAGAACUGUCUAUACUGCAGGCUCAAUCCAAUCCCACCUUGCCCUCAUCUGGAUUUUUCACAGGCCUUAAGGCUCCGUUGCCAGAGCAGUUUCAGAGCAGGGAUGACUUCAGGACCGCAUGGUUAAACCACCGCAAGCUAGCCAGGUCCUGCCAUGACCUUGAUUCCCUUGGCCAGAACCCCGGGUGGGGCCAGACACAACCAGUGGAGACUAACAUUGUGUGCAAGCUUGACAGCAAUGGAGGAGUCGUUCAACUCCCAGACACAAACAUCAGCAUCCACAUACCUGAGGGCCAUGUCGCACAUGGAGACACCCAGCAGAUCUCCAUGAAAGCCUUGCUAGACCCUCCUCUGGAACUCAACAGUGACCACUGCUCUACCGUGAGCCCCGUGGUAGAAAUUAAGCUCAGCAAUAUGGAGACAAAGUCUUUCAUCACCCUGGAGAUGAAGGUGUCAGUGACAGUGAAGAGGGAGAGUGCUCACAUUGCCGAGGUGCUUUGCGUUCGAGGUGAUUGUAAAGAGGGGCCAUACACGCCCAUCCCCAAUGCCUAUGUUUACAAGGACACAAUCCAGGUGCAGCUGGAUAACUUAGAGCCUUGCAUCUAUGUGGCUGUUGUUGUUCAGGCCCAGUACAUCAGCCUGAACAUGACAGUCUGGGACCAUGUGCACAAGAAGGUGACUUUAGGAGUCUACGGCCCCAAGCACAUCCACCCAUCCUUUAAGGCAGUCGUCACCAUGUUUGGGCAUGACUGCGCUCCCAAGACUCUGUUGGUGAAUGAGGUGGGUCGAAAAGCCAGUUCUACCCCAGCAGUUGCCCUUCAGUUGUGGGGGAAGCACCAGUUUGUGCUGGGCUACCCUCAGGACCUCCAGGUGGGCCUGUACUCCAACAUGUCCAACUAUGAGGUGAAGGAGAAUGAGGGAGCCAACAUGAUCCGGGGUUUCCAGGUCAAACUGGGGAAGGUCAGUAGGCUUCUGUUCAUGAUCACAUCACAAAACCCUGACAACAUCUCUGACUUCACCCUCAGGGUCCAGGUUAAAGAUGCCCUCGACUGCAUCCUUGCCCAGUUCUGUGUUCAAACACCACAACCCCCACCGAAGAGUGGAGUGCGAAUAACAGGCCAGAGGAGGUUUUUGAAGAAGAAAGAAGUGGAUAAGAUCGUCCUCUCACCCCUAGCUGUCACAUCCAAAUACCCGAAGUUUCAGGACCGAUGUGUCACAAACCUCAAGUUUGGCAAACUAAUUAAAACAGUGAUCAGGCAACACAAGAGCACCUACCUGUUGGAAUAUAAGAAGGGAGACAUAAUUGCUUUGCUGAGUGAAGAGAAAAUCAAACUACGGGGGCAGUUGUGGACUAAAGAGUGGUACAUUGGAUAUUAUCAGGGGAAGACGGGCCUCGUCCACGCCAAGAACGUCCUCCUUCUGGGAAAAGUCAAACCCAUUUACUGGUGCGGGCCAGACCUGACUACCACCAUGCUGCUGGAUCAGAUCCUGAAACCUUGCAAAUUUCUCACGUACAUCUACGCUUCAGUAAGGACUGUUCUGAUGGAGAAUGUGGGAAAUUGGAAGGCAUUUGCCGAUGCACUGGGAUAUGGGAACCUGCCGCUGACUUACUUCUGUCGGACUGAGCUGGACAAUGAGCCCGAGAAGGUGGCGUCUGUUCUGGAGAAACUGAAAGAGGAGUGCACCAAUGUGGAGAACAAGGACAGAAAGUCCUUUCAGAGGGAACUCAUGAUGGCGCUGCUGAAGAUGGACUGUCAGGGUCUGGUGGCCCGGCUGGUCCUGGACUUUGUGCUCCUCACCACGGCUGUGGAGGUGGCCUCCCGCUGGAGGGAGCUGGCUGAGAAGCUGGCCCGGGUGUCCAGGCAGCAGAUGGAGGCGUACGAGGCUCCGCACCGCGACAAGAACGGUCUGCUGGACAACGAGUCCAUGUGGAAGCCAGCCUACGACUUCCUACUGACGUGGGCUGCCCACGUCGGGGACAGUUACCGGGACGUGAUCCAGGAGCUCCACCUGGGCCUGGACAGGAUGAGAAACCCCAUCACUAAGCGAUGGAAGCACCUGACGGGCACACUCAUCCUGGUCAACAGCCUCGACAUGCUCCGCAGCGCUGCCUUCUGCCCCACCGGCCUCGGAGACUUCGCCAUCUGA